AUGGCCUCCAGACACUCAGCAGCGCGCCCAAAAAGGGCAGGCGAAACCUUUGCGCGAACGCACCACCACGAUGCCGACGCCGGCGACGGCCACGACUCUAAGAAACUAAAGUUCGACGUGCGCAACCCCUCCGCCCUAGCCCCCGAUGCGCCUGAAGAGGACGCCAUCCUCGACGCCGACGUCAUCGGCGGCGGCGGGGGAGCAACGAAGCGCGGCGCCGUGAACCUCGACGGCUACGACAGCGACUCGGACAACGAGCGCAACUUCAAGUCGCGCGCCAAUGAGAAGCACCGGGGCAGGAAGGACGGCGAUGCGGAUUUCUUUGGUCAGUUGGAUAACUACGAUGCCAAGAGCAGCGGCGCGAACGGCAAGGGGGACAAGGCGAAUGAGGACGACGAGGACGACGACAUGUUCGCCGCGGACGAGGAGGAGGAGCAGAAGGAGAGCAAGACGGCGCAGGAAGGGACCAAGGCGGCAGGAAAAGACAAGGCUCUGCGCUUCCUCGACGACGAACAGAUCCAGGGCCAGGAGUUGCAUAGUAAAAGCGGAGGGCAGAUCCGUCUAGACGAUGAGGAGAGCAGCGACGACGAGGAGGACAAGGAACUGGCGAUGCAGGAGGAGGGCAUCGACGAGGAGGUCGGCCUCGGCGGCCUCAAGCGCAACGCGCCCAAGGUCGAGGCGUUCAACAUGAAGGAGGAGCAAGAGGAGGGCCGCUUCGACGAGGACGGAAACUUUAUCAGGAAAGCUGUCGACCCGAAUGCGGUGCACGACAAGUGGCUCGACGGGCUGAGCAAGAAGGAUCUGAAGAAGGCGGCCGAUGCACACGAGAAGCGCGAGGCCGAGGCGCGGAGGUUACGGAUGGAGAAUGACGACAUUUUGACGACGGACCUGCUCAAGGCGCUCAUCGUGAGGUUAGAAAGGGGAGAGACGUCACUCGAGGCCCUGGCGAGGUUGGGCAAGGGGCAGCCCAAGACGAAAAAGAUACCAAAGUGGAAGCUCAAGAAGCAGAACAAGGGAGACGAAGAAGCCAUGGACGUCGAAAGGGAAAAGGAGCAGCUCAGUCCCGAGCAGCAGAAGAGGAAAGAGGCCAUCGAGGCCAUCACCGACGCGGCGGACAAGCUGCUGAGUCGAGAUCAUGCCGAGAUUUAUGAUGAGGAGAGGGAGAUGCUCGUGCGCGAGUGGCAGCGGGAGACGGGCGAGCAAUGGGUCGAGCCGGCAAGGGAUGACGCCGACGAGGAUUUGUCUUCGAGAGUGUGGGAGUUCCGGUGGACGGACGGACGAGACAACGCUGAUAAACAGGGGCCGUACGAUGGCCCCACGAUGAAGGCAUGGCAGGACGCUGGGUAUUUCGGAGAGGGCGUUGAGUUCCGGCCGGUUGGUGAUGACGCCUGGACUAGGGUUGCCACGUUUGUAUAA